AACCCUUUGGCAACACUAACCUUCUGACAACACUGAUUUCAUCUGAUUCAUUCAUGAGUCAUCAUUAUUAUUAUCAUAUAUUAUCAAAUAUCAAUAAAAAAUCAUCACCAUUUAAACGGAAGCACUGCAGGGAGUACUAUACAUACAUAAUUUAAACAUGUCAAUACUCAUCAAAGUGUAAGUUCACAAUAUUUUGAUUUUAUUUUAUUGAGUUCAUUCUUCAUUUUGUGGGUAGCCUUUAGGUAGUAUCUUUUUUUAUUUUUGUGUUGUGUGUGUGUUUGGCUAAACUGAAAUUAAUGAGCUCGGAAUGGGGCCUCCCAAGAGAUUCAGUAGUGGCAAGGGAGAAGGAAGCAAAUCAUCUAAAAGACGUAAGAAAGAUGAGGAAGACUGGACCUUGGAAGAGGAAGACAUCAAUGAAAUAGAUGUACCUGAAGGUGAAGGUGUCCCUGGUGCUGCAGCCAGAGAUGCGGAAAAAAAUGAUCAGGGAGUUCAAGAGGAUGAGUUUGGAGCAAAAGACUAUCGCUCCCAAAUGAUACUGAAACCAGACAACUCUUCUCGGCCCUUAUGGGUUGCCCCCAAUGGCCACAUAUUCUUAGAAUCAUUUUCACCAGUCUAUAAACAUGCUCAUGAUUUCCUCAUUGCUAUAUCUGAACCAGUAUGCCGUCCUGAGUAUAUACAUGAAUACAAACUAACAGCUUAUUCUUUGUAUGCUGCUGUGAGUGUUGGUUUACAGACCAAUGAUAUCAUUGAAUAUUUGAAGAGGUUAAGUAAAACUAGUGUUCCUGAUGGUAUUAUUGAGUUUAUUAAAUUGUGUACCCUAUCUUAUGGUAAAGUGAAGUUAGUGCUAAAACAUAACAAGUAUUUUGUGGAGAGUCCUCAUCCUGAAAUUCUACAAAAGUUAUUAAAAGAUCCAGUGAUUCAGGAAUGUAGGCUGAGGAGAAAUGUUGAAAAUGAAAGUGAAGAGUUUAUCAAACAAGUUCAAGAAAAAAAGAGUGUCCCCUCAUUUGGUGCCAAAGGUGCUGCUUCAGGGGAUCAGGGUAGUGGAGAGGGAACUGCUGUUCCUGAUGAUAUCACAAAUUUUUAUGAGAAAAUGGACAAUGAAGAGGAAGAUGAGGAAGCUUCCUUAGAAACAGUAUCUUUUGAGGUCAACCAAGAAAAAAUUGAAGUCAUACAAAAAAGGUGUAUUGAAUUAGAAUAUCCUCUAUUAGCUGAAUAUGAUUUCAGAAAUGAUUCAGUCAAUCCUGAUAUCAAUGUUGACUUGAGGCCGUCUGCAGUGCUGAGGCCCUACCAAGAAAAAAGCUUGAGGAAAAUGUUUGGCAAUGGAAGAGCAAGAUCUGGUGUGAUAGUGUUACCAUGUGGAGCAGGUAAAUCUCUAGUGGGGGUGACAGCUUGUUGCACAGUGAGAAAAAGGGCCUUGAUACUCUGCAACUCUGGAGUGUCUGUGGAACAGUGGAAACAGCAGUUCAAAAUGUGGUCUACUGCUGAUGAUAGCAUGAUUUGUAGGUUCACGUCUGAAGCCAAGGAUAAACCAAUGGGUUGCAGUGUUCUGGUAACAACUUAUUCCAUGAUCACCCACACCCAACGCAGAUCGUGGGAGGCCGAACAGACGAUGAAGUGGCUGCAGGAGCAAGAAUGGGGCAUCAUGGUGCUCGACGAGGUCCACACCAUUCCGGCCAAGAUGUUCAGGAGAGUGCUGACGAUCGUCCAGUCCCACUGCAAACUGGGUCUGACGGCCACUUUGCUCAGAGAGGACGACAAGAUUGCAGAUCUGAACUUUCUGAUCGGUCCCAAGUUGUAUGAAGCAAAUUGGUUGGAGUUACAGAAAAGAGGCUACAUCGCAAGAGUCCAGUGCGCUGAAGUAUGGUGCCCCAUGACCCCGGAAUUCUACAGGGAGUAUCUCGUCUGCAGGACCAGCAAGCGCCUGCUCCUCUAUGUGAUGAACCCAAACAAGUUCAGAGCCACCCAGUAUCUGGUCAGGUACCACGAGAGGCGGGGCGACAAGACCAUCGUGUUUUCGGACAAUGUUUUCGCUUUGAAACAUUAUGCAAUCAAAAUGAACAAACCCUAUAUCUAUGGGCCGACCUCGCAAGGCGAGAGGAUACAGAUUUUGCAGAACUUCAAGUUCAAUCCAAAGGUGAAUACGAUAUUCGUGAGCAAGGUGGCCGACACCUCCUUCGACCUGCCCGAGGCCAACGUCCUCAUCCAGAUAUCGUCGCAUGGGGGCUCGCGCAGGCAAGAGGCGCAACGGCUGGGUCGCAUCCUGCGUGCCAAAAAGGGCGCCAUCGCCGAGGAAUACAACGCUUUCUUCUACACUCUCGUCUCGCAGGACACAAUGGAGAUGAACUAUUCAAGGAAGAGACAGCGUUUCCUGGUCAACCAGGGAUACAGCUACAAGGUGAUCACCAAGCUGGCCGGCAUGGACGAAGAACCCGAUAUGAUGUAUAAAACUAGAGAGGAACAGGGACAGCUGUUGCAGCAGGUAGAUUUCAAUUUAUUGUGGGGCAUUUUGAAUAUUAUAACAACCCAGGUCCUGGCAGCUAGUGAUAUUGAUUGUGAAGAUGAACGUGUUCCUGGUGAAGGUGCUGCUAAAGGUGGUGCUAUGCGGAAAGUGGGAAAUAUGGGUUCAAUGUCUGGGGCAGAUGAUGCUGUUUAUUAUGAAUACAAGAAAUCUUCGAAUCUGAAUAAGCAUCCACUUUUCAAGAAAUUCAGAUAUUGAUUAUUUUUUUAUGAAUGUACCUAUGUAUGUUAAUGAAUAAACCAUUGCAACUGUUUUGUGA